UUGAUGUUGACAACUCUGAGGUUGCUCUGUGAAGAAGAGGCUUUCCUUCACUGUGUGCAGUGAGGUUUGGGUUACUCUGAGCCUGCAGCAUGAUGAGAAGUUCACACUGAGUCAGUGGAAGGAAAAAGAAAGAAGAAGAAAGCAUUUGUUGAGAACUGUUAACAAACAGCUCCCCUGUAAUUAAUGCAUGCUUCUUUAUGUGUUUAAUUAUUACAGUAAGAAGCCUCCUUCGGUUUGUGGUCAGCAGGAUGCAGUAACUAGUUGGACUGAUGAUGAAACCACAGCGUUCCAGCAGGAACUUGCAGAGGGUUGAAUUUGCAGCACAGUGCUGCUCUCUGCUGAUACGAGUCAGCGGCCUCUCUCAUCCAUAUAUGACUCCAAUAAGAUCUUAUUUAAUGACACUCUGGAUUCUGCUGUUUUAGUGACUGUACCCUACACUGGUCGUCACAAUCCACAGCAAAAAUAAUAAUGAGAGAUCAUUUAUGCACUUGUAAUGAUUAGAAGUGGUUGUAUUAAAAUCAUUGAUUCAGUAAUUACACGGCCCAACCCGAAUGACCCUGUUCUAUUAAAUCAGAGUCCUGGAGCCUCACCUGCCCAGAAGCCACCUGUCAAAACUGAGGAGAAACACACCAAGACCACGUGACAGAGCAGCUCAGUGCAGCAUCAAGCCUCCCAUCUGUAAAUACAGGCUGUGACAGCGGGAGUACGACCUCAUCAAGCCGGGAGUUUUUAAGGGGUGUAAAUCUGAGACUGGCAGCCAUAUAGAUGAUGGCUUUGUCAGAGUGACGCAAAGAGAUUUACAGAGGUUAACCACAGAAGUCAUGCAGCUUCAAGACUUCCUGCCCCGAGUCCUGAAUGCGGACCUCAUCGAAAUGGUGCACAGAGGCCGAACAGCUCAGACAGUGAAGGAGCACAUUGUAAAGGAGCAGGAGCAGAUGCAGCAGGAGUGUCUGCACCUCCAGUCCCGGCUGGAUGCUGUGCAGGCUGAGUGUCAGACAGAGAAAGAGGAGAAACUGCUGCUGCGUGAGCAGCUGCAGCAGCAGGCAGACUUCUGCUCUGAUCUGGGAUCAGCAGCCUGCGGUCUGCUGUGGAGCUGCUCUGUGAAGGAGGACACGGUCUUACUCUGGCUGGCUGAUGGGAAGCUGCAGGCCUUCCUUGCUGUAGCUGCUCAGACUCUCGAGAGCUUUGUCAAGUCUUUGGAUGAAGACAUGACAACUCAGACCGACGACCACAACUCCCAUGAGCUCCAGUUCGUGUUGGCGGUGGCUGGGACCAUUACCAACAUAGCAGCAGUGACGAAGGGGCGGGACUUCCUGUCAAGCUCGGCACACGUCUUGCUGGACACUUUGAUGAAACUUCUGAAGCUGAUGAAGCCUGGUAUCUUCCCCAGACUGAAAGUGUUGAUGCUGAUGACUCUCUAUAAUGUGAGCAUUAGUCUCCAAGGACUGAAGUACCUCAGUGAGAACCAAGGACUCAUCCCUCUCAUCUGGACCCUGUUAGACGAUGGCCAGUGGGAGGUGUGUCUGCACGCUCUGCGUCUCCUGCAGUCACUGUUGUUGGAGGACGAUGUGUUGCUCCGGUUGGGCCCCUCACUGCUGGAUCCAGGCCUCCACGAUCGGGUCAGCAGGCUCGCCGACAGCGUGCAGCCCGGCCUAAGGCUGAUUGCUCUGCAGACCCUGAAGGACCUUCAGGCUCUUCAGCAGGGCCGGGCCUGUGAGCAGAGCGGCGUCUGACAUGUGAGCAAAGAGAAGACGUGGCCAUCGAAGUUAAACAUGGUUAUUAAAGUGAAGAGAAGAGUCUUUCAUAUCGACUCAUUUCUACUCGUUUCUACUGGUUUCACUGUUCAGUGCUGAGUUUUCAUAUAUGUUCACAAUCCUGUGCAUUGUUAGUUCUUAAUGUGUCUGCUAUCUUAAAGAUGGAACAGUACAGGUAAUGCAUAUUAAAGAUGA